AAUUUGAAGCCACAAAAUCAAUGAGCAAAAAUCAAAUCAAAUUUAAAAAUUCCCAUACAAUAUACAAGCUUUCAUUCUCAUAAUUUCCAAAUGGAGGAUCCACGCAAAAGCGAUCUAAAAAAGCUGACAAACGCCAUCAGCUUUCUGCAGAAGCGCAAGGCCUCGCAUGAGCAGCAGGCCAUCGUCGAGGAGCAGAAACUGCAGCAGACUCUGGCGACGACUGAUGCAGCUAACAAGAAAAUCGAGCAAAUGGGCAAGGUGCAGGACAUGCGCUGGCUUUUGUCACAGGAUCAUCAUGAGAUGAAGAUACUCAACGACACACUGCAGACCUUCCUGGACAUGAACCAGGACAUGAAGGAUACCGAGUUCUACAAAGCUGCCGUUCAAUACAUCGACGAGCAGUGCAAUAAGUCGGAGCUUGAGGCACCACCACCACCCAAGUAGCUUCCCGAUCGGCCCCCUCCCGCCGAGCCACACACACUAGAAACUUGUUAAUUUCAGUGCUUUGGUCAAAAGUUAUGAUAAUAAAAGAAGAACAAAAUGCGGUUCUUGCUGUCCUGUCCGCAUGGACACAUAAAUCCGUGAAGGACAAAACUUCCUG